GAAUUGCAAGAAUCUAUUUAACAAAAGCACUUGCUCAUUUAUAUUUUCCUCAGUUGGUAUUUUCAAUUUGUGCGAUUUAAACGGAAAACAAUUUGAAAUGAAAAUUUUAUUUCUUGCAGCCCUUUUAGUGGCUUCGACUAGUGCCAAUCCACUUUUUGAAGGUCUUUCCUUGAAAUUCAACAGAGAAGACAUCUUGAAAGCUGGAUUUGCUCUAAUUGGUCAAAUUGAAUCACAGAUCAAUGAAGAAAUCGUACCAGUAACUGAGGAAAUAGUUCCAUAUGAGGAAGAAAUUAUUCCAUUUGGACAUCCAAAUGCACCUGAAUUCGCACCAGUCACCGAAGAAAUUGUUCCUUAUACUGAAGAAAUUGUUCCUUACACUGAGGAAAUCAUGCCUGCUACUGAAGAAAUCGUUCCAUAUGAAGAUCCAAAUGCGUCAGAACAUAUGCCAAGAUUCCAAAGAAUUCAGGCAUUUAUUAGAUCUGAUGACAUGACACCAUAUAUCUUUGAAAGUCCAUACGCACCAGAACACAUGCCUGUCGAAGAAAUUGUACCAGCUACUGAAGAAAUCAUGCCUGUCGAAGAAGUUGUACCAGCUACUGAAGAAAUCAUGCCAGCCACCGAAGAAAUUGUUCCUUAUACUGAAGAAAUCGUUCCAUAUACUGAAGAAAUCGUUCCAUAUACUGAGGAAAUCGUUCCAUAUGAAGAUCCAAAUGCACCUGAGCAUAUGCCAAGAUUGGGAUUUGCUAGAAGAUUUAUCAGACCAUUGAUUCCAGUCGAAGAAAUUGCACCUGUUACUGAAGAGAUUGUUCCUUACACUGAAGAAAUCAUGCCAGCAACCGAAGAAAUUGUUCCAUAUGAAGAAUCUGAAAUUCGUGAAUUAUUAAAACAAAGAUUAGGAGCAUGGUUGAAGCGCAGAGAGGAAAUUAAACCAGUAACUGAGGAAAUCGUUCCUUACACCGAGGAAAUUAUGCCAGCAACAGAAGAAAUUGUUCCAUAUGAAGAUCCAAAUGCACCUGAACAUAUGCCAAGAUUUAGAUCAAAUAGACGAUUCAUUAAACCAUUGAUUCCAGUCGAGGAAAUCGCACCUGCUACUGAAGAGAUUGUUCCUUACACUGAGGAGAUUAUGCCAGCUACAGAAGAAAUCGUUCCUUAUACUGAAGAGAUUGUUCCUUACACAGAAGAAAUUGUUCCUUAUACUGAAGAAAUUGUUCCAUAUGAAGACCCAAAUGCACCAGAGCACAUGCCAGUAGAAGAAUUCCAACCAUUCACUGAAGAAAUCAUGCCAGCAACUGAGGAAUUCAUUCCUUUUGUAGACCCAGAAAUGCGUGAAUUAUUAAAACAAAAAAUAGCAGCAUGGCGAAGUCGUCAAUAAACCUUUCAUGCUACCAUAAAAGAUAUUUAUCAAAUGACAAUGAUUUAUUCCAGAAAUUUUUAAAACUUUUACAAUAAAAAAAUUACUUAAAAGCAGUCAAGAUGUAAAAAUUGUGCAUUUUAUAGGACAAUAAAUUUUUUUUCAUGCAAAUUUUAAAAGACUUUUUUCA